AUGCGAGGACGCCGGUUGUACCACCUGGCUCUGCGCAUCUGGAUAGGCCAGUGCCUGCUCCUGGGCUUCACCAGCUAUUUUUACAGCUGGAAACGAAAGUGCCUGGUGCACUCGCGAUGGCUGAAAUGCUACCAAUGGUUUCUGAUGGCCGUCACUUUGGUGUUGUACUACUCGUACUGGCAGUACGCCAUGGUGUACUUUGAAAAGGGAACUUUUCGACGUCAGGACUUCAUAAUGCAGGUCAGCCAGGGCAGUGUGAUUCUCAACCUCUGCACCCUCAUAACCCAGUGCGUACUGACGGUCUUUUACGAGCGGCAGGUGUGCGAGGUCUACAACGAACUGGCCGGGAUAUUGAGGAACGAUCUGAAGCAGAAGGAGCCCACUUCAUCCUUCUACUAUAUCGUUUUCUUUGCCAAAUUCCACAACUAUCUGCACAACUUUAACUUUGCCCUCAGUUUCCUGAUGAUUCUCGGGAUGCGAACCAUUCGAUGGGCUGACAUUUUGGCGAAUUGCUAUUUCGUCUACAAUUGCCUGUCCCGGGAUUCGGUGAUCUUCUGCUAUGUCCUGCUGCUGCUGGACUUUGGCGAGGCUAUGCGUCUGAACUGCCAACAGGAACAGGACUCAUAUGGCGGAGUGACGAGGCAGCUGCAACGACAGGAGCGACUGAAGGCAAUGCUGCGACAAGUACACAGGAUUUUUGGAUGGCAUGUAGCUGUCACCAUGGUGUUUCGCCUGUACUUCAACAUGGCCGUCAUAUACAUGGGCUACUCCUUUAUGGGCAACCAACCUCCGGAGGCAAUGCGCCAAGGACUGUCCCACAUCAAGGUCCUGUUCACUGCCAUAGCCUUUGUGGUGAUGCUCUCGGAUGGUUUGAUUCUCCAGAUUAUCUGCGAGUACUUACUGAAGCAGGGAAACAAACUAUGUUCCAGUCCCAAAAUUAUGGAGCAGGAUAGGCAGGACUUUGUGGCAGCACAGCGGCAGUGGGAAAUGUCUAUUCUGCGACGUGCCAUUCUCCGGGUUAAACCCGAAAACCAGGUCCUUGGAAUGUUCCGGAUGGACAUGCAAUGCGCCUUCGCAUUAAUCAGCAGCAGUCUAUCCUAUGGCAUUAUAAUUAUCCAACUCGGCUACCUUCCCAGCGUCCAUAUACAUAAUUAAGAGGGUGUGAGACCGUAAUCUUGGAGUUCAAUUACGAAAAUGAAUAGAUUAUCUCAAGCUACCUGUCACGCGUAUUGGAA